CGUUUGGAGAACCACGUGACAUGGAUGAGCUGAUCUCCUAUAAAAGCCAUUCGAUGAAAGAUUAUUUUGACAUCCAAGGCCUUCAAGUGUUAACAUUUGUAAUCUUCAGGAAAUCAAAAAUGAAAUUAUUUGGGUUUCUUUCACUUCUGCUAACUGUCCAAGCUUACCAGACUUACCAGACGGCAUUUGAUCUAACACCCUACAUAAGAACCAACCCCAGACAAGCUCGAAAAUUGAGUCAAGUCAAAGACCCAUUAGGCAUCAUCCCACAGAGUUAUGCUGGUUUCAUUAAUGUCGAUGAGCAGGUUGGGAAUAAAAUAUUUUUCUGGUUCUUUAAAGAUGUCAGCGGAGAACCCAGAGCACCGCUUCUCAUCUACGUCAACUGGUUGCCAUGGUAUUCCUCCGUGGUUGGGGUCCUCUAUGGGAGCGGUCCAAUCAGAGUGACGGUCAAUAAUGAAACAAUAGGCUACGAAAGAUGGACGAAAUCUUGGGUUGAGAAGUAUCCCGUACUAUAUAUUGAUUAUCCUUACGGUAUUGGAUUUAGUUACACUGAGAGUGGCGAAGGAUACAGAGCUAGUCAGGAAGGCAACGCCCGCGAUCUGUUAGAGUUUCUGAACCAGUUCUACACAAUGUUUCCGAAGUAUCUCCGUAGAGACUUAUACAUAGGCGGAGAAAACUACGCGGCAGGAAAGCUGCUGACUCCUUUAGCAUAUCUUCUCCACCAGAACAUUCAAAAUAAGACAAGUAGAAUAAGAUUGGCAGGACUCUUCUUCAGUGCUCCCUUCUACGAACCACUCCUACAAGCGCAAUAUUUUCUUGACCUCCACUACAGCCUGGGACUCGUCAGCAACUGUCAAAAGUUUGAAAUGGCAGAGAAUGUGACACACCUGGAAAAAAGAUUUCAAAAUCCUUUCAAUGACGUGACGAUUUCUGAACUCAUUUCUACCAUCCUUCCCUACGUUGGUCUAAACGAUGACAGCAACUAUCAUACCCAGCAGGGCCCACCACCCCAACUCUAUCUUCUUAUAAACAGUGACCACUUUAAAAAAAUUAUUAACGCUGGACACGCAGACUUCAGAAAUAAUUUUGAUCCGGAAAUUUUACCGAGGUUCACCAGAGAAAUUGUUACCAGCGCGACGGGGAAAAUGGCCACUUUGAUGGACAACUACAAAGUAUUGAUUUAUAACGGCGACUAUGCUCUUCUUACCACCACACCCAUGGUUGAAGCUGCCUUGGCUAAUACGCCUUGGAAAGGGAAAAAGGAGUAUUUGUCUUCAGAACGUAAAAUAUGGAGCGUCAACUCAGAAUUAGCUGGAUACUAUACUCAGGUUGGCCGUUUUUGUCGAGUUAUAGUGCGUAAGUCUGGAUACGAAGUGGCACUUGACCAGCCUGAGAAUUCCCUAUUGAUGCUUGACCAGUUUAUUACAAAUGGCUGUAUCAGACCUUAGAUCUGAGGCUUUCAUUAUAUGGAAAAUAAAAUAAUUUGAACAUUU